AUGGAAAUUCAACUUUGCUUCUACAUCUCUCUGGUUAUACUUUUGGCCCUUCAUAGCAUAACCCUCCAUUUACUGAACAAGCUUCAAAACCUGCCUCCCAGCCCCUUUCCGGCCCUCCCUUUCAUUGGCCAUAUCUACCUAUUGAAGCAGCCCUUCCACCGGAGUCUGUCGGAGGUGUCGAGGCGAUACGGCCCCGCACUCUUGCUACGGUUGGGCUCCCGGUCUGUUCUUCUCAUCUCGUCUCCAUCUCUAGCUGAAGAAUGCUUGACCAAGAAGAACGAUUUGAUCUUCGCCAACCGACCCAAUCUCCUCAACGGCAGAUAUUUUGGGUGCAACUACACGAGCAUUGCUUGGUCCCCGUACGGGGAGCACUGGAAGAACCUCCGGAGGAUUUCAGCAGUGGAGCUCCUGUCGUCUCAGAGGAUACAGAUGCUUUCUAACAUCCGGGCGGACGAAACUCUAACCUUGGUCCAAAAGCUACUUCAUGUCACGAGGGAAGACCCCGACAAAGUCUUGGAAGUCAAAUCAGCUCUUUUCGAGUUCAUGUUCAAUGUCUUGACGAGGAUGAUCAUGGGAAAAAGGUAUUAUGGGAAGAAGGUGGAGAAGUCAAAAGAAGCCAAAAUACUGGAGGAGAUAGUGAGUGAGACGUCGAAGGUGGCAUUCCAGACGAAAACGUGGUGGAUUUCCUGCCGGUGA